AUGGUUUCUUUUCUAUUUUUAUUACUUCGUAAGUUUUUUUAUUUUGAAAUGUUGCGAAUUUUUGUUGGCAGAGGGUUUUUGGGAUCUACAAUAAGAUUAGGAUUUCAGAAAAUCAAUUCAACCCAGGAUUUCAUAGGAACUUUUUUUAUUUUUGAAAAAUGUAUAUAUAUUUUGAUAUCUGGAAAAAAUAAAAUUCAUAUAAUUUGGAAUAGUUUGAGGUUUGAUUGUGUAAAUUCUGUAUGAGAAAUUUAAAUGAGGAUUUUCAAAAUCUGGAGUUUCACAAUUCGUAACAAAAAUAUUGGAUCCUGAAAAUCUUGAAUUUCAAAUAAAUUUGAAAAAAAAUUGACAAAUUUCAAAAAAAUCGGAAAACACAGCAUGCUCUUUCAAAUGAGCACAACCAUUUUUUGCUCAGAAUCCACCUUUAAUUUUUGAAAAUUCAUAUUAUAAACUAUAGCAGAGACUUCUAAAUAAUUUUCUAGAUUUUCCGCAACUUUUGGUCCACAUUUUCCAACUUCACAAAUUUCAAAUCUAAAAUUUUUCGUAUAGUUUCCCCCUUCUCCAAUAAAAAAUCCACCAAAAUCAUCCAAAAAGUUGUAAUAUUUGCAUCACCUUUUAGAUUGAAAUCGUACAAAACUGUACGGUUCCGUUCCAUAUAUUACAGCCAGCAAAAACAAAUAAAUAACGGUUCAAAAUUGUGUGAUUAUCGAGAUCAAGGACAUCAUCACCAAAAUAUUCAUAUAAGCAAGCAAUUUUCAAUGUGCGCGUAAUUAGAGCGUUACACAGUUGUGUGUGUUAUAUUGACCAACAUUUGAGGGGAAAAAGUGAAAACUAUAAUACAGUUGAACAUGAAAAUGAAAGAGAUUAUUGGGGGAAAAUACGGGAGAGAGCUGGGUUAAUCUACUGUGUUAGCCUAUAAUCUCAAAAGGAGGGAACAAAGCUUCUGGGGUUUCAAAAAAAAACUUUUUUUUCAGAAUCCACAUUUAAAUAACCUUCAAAUUCCAUAAAACUAUAAAAUUUCAGCAUUCGUAUUUUGCGAUGAAAAUCAACUGCGACCUGCCGCAAUCAUUCCAUGGUCCCAAUAUCAAAGACGGCUGAACAAAGCCAAACAACUAGUUCAGGUCCCUUUUCUCCCCAUUUUUUUCGAGUUUUUUUCAUUUUCAUUAAAAUGAAGACUCACAUCAACCAACAAAAAGCUUUUUUUCAUUUUAGAAAGAAGACAUUUCCCUAAUGAGUUCCGCCGAUCCAACAAUGAACUCAUUUUUUAGUGGUAGCUAUGAGAAACCGGAAUAUUUACCAAAGCAUCUGCCAGAGAGGUUUGAUAGGAUUUUCAUUAGCAACAAAAAAAACGAAACGAAUUUUAGUGUUGAGGAAAAUGGGAGAACAAAUAAGAUGAGAAAUGUGAUUCGGCCACAAAUUCGAGGACGAUUGCCAGCAGAACCAUCCGAUUUUAGAAGAAAAGAGUUUUUGGAAACAAGAUUGGGAAAGUAUACAGAAGGUUUACACAUAAUUUUGUUGGAAAAUUUUGAUUUUUAAAUUUUUUUAUUAUAGAAAUCGAUCCAAAACCAACAAUUCCACCGAGAAUUUCUAUGAAAAUGCGGCCCAAACAAGAACCUGCUGCAAAAAUUCCUGUGAGUUGAAAUUUUACAGAGGUCGUGAAGGCGAUAUUAAACUUCAAAAACUUCUCUUUCAGUCUGUGGCAAUUCCGAAUGGCGUUCCAAUGUAUGCAGCAAGUUGGGAGAAUGGUCAACCGAGGUAUUUGACUGAUCGAAAACCGUUAGCACAUGCCGCAAAUACUUAUAAUGCAGCAGCUGCGGCGGCACCGCAAUGGAGCUCGGUAUGAUAUUUAAAGGGAGGGUAACAGGCCUGUGCCGGACAUUUUUUGGUUUUUUUAGUGAAAAUUCCAUUUUCCGCUUUUUUUAGUUUUCAAUAUAGCUCAAUUUUUGAAAAAAAAUUCUGACAAUUGUUCAAAAAAAUUUUCUGAACUUUUUCGAAAUUUAAAACAUUUUUUAAGAUGUUUUCAGUUUUAGUAACUAGUUAAAAGUAGUUAUUAGAUUUUCUGUAAAUGCACAAAUUUCAGGAGAAAAUAAGUUUUACGACAAAUUUGGUGCUGAAAUUUGAAACUUGAAGACUUCAAAAAAUUUUUCAGAUUCUCAGGUUUUUAAAAUACAAUUUCAGAGUUACCUUGAAAGUUCCUGAAUUUUCAAAAAAAUUAAAUCUUAUAUCUAGUCUCAACCCAUCCAAACUAUUUUUAUCAAAAUUUCAUUAAAAAAAAACAGAAAAAACUCAUUUUUCAGCUCACUGAAAAUGGAAUAAACGCACCAAUUUAUGAAAAAGCAGUGGAUUCCAACAUUGUCAGCUCAAUAUUCUCUCAAAGUCAAGCGCGAACCGGCGCAAUUCAAUCGCUUCCCCAACCAAUACAAACCCAAUAUUUCGAAAAACUAUUGGCAGAUGGCGCAUCUUUGGAACAAAUCACAAAACUUGCCAAAAACCUGUUAGGUGUUGGUGGUGGAGGUGAAAAUAGUGGAGGUGGCGGUGGCGGGGGAGGAGGAUUGAUUGAAGCAAUGACGUCAGCGUUGAGAGGUGGACCGUCGCGUAAUCCACCAACGAGUUCUGCUGCGCAUGAUGAGUUGACGCAAUUUACAUCAUCUGCUUCGAGACCGCAACCUUCAAUGUUUGAAAAAUUAUUGAAUCAUGCUGCGACUGCUUUAAAUGAUUCACUCAAAAAUAAACAAUUACAAGAUAAAGCUGUUGAAGCGAUUGUCUCAAAAAAAGUCGAAGAAGCACCGACAGAUGAACUCAAACCAACUGCAAAAUUGACAAAAGAUCGAGAAAACUCGUUGAAAUUAUUGGAAAAUAUGCCAGCCGAGCAACGAAAAAUGCUCGAAGCUGCAAUUCAAUCGGGAGAAAUUGACGCGGAUUCACCAGCUAUUAAAAUGCUUGUCAAAGAUGAUUUGACAGAAGAAUCAAAGAAGGAGAAAGAAAAUAGGUUGAUUGAGUGGAUCCGAUCAAAUCGCCCUUCAAAAUCUGCUGAAGUUGUGACAGUUUCAGACAAAUUACCAUAUUAUGGCAAAUAUUUGGGAAGCUUUGCUGAAACAGUAAGUUAUAGAUAUGUAGCUGAAAAUUCCAAAAAUGUUUCAUAAAAAUUUCCAGCCAAACCUCAAGAAAAAGUUGCAUCCCUCUGGAUCUCUUUGGGCUGUGAAUGAUAAGAAAAUCAUCAUUUCAAAAUUUGUUUUCCAACCUGGAAGUUUAUUGAAUGGUAAGCUCACAACAUCAAACUUUUAAUUCUUAAUAUAUUUUUUUUCCAGAAAAUGUGACCUUCUGGAUGGGACCAAAAACUGCCAGCGGAAAUAUUUUGCAAGACAUUGUGCCGUCUGAAAAUGGAUUCUAUGUGAAACCUGUGCCAAUUGAUAUGUCUGUUUUUGUCUUGGAAGAACUUCCGGUAACUUAAAUAUUCCACAGGCUCCCCACCAUAAUGUCUUAAAAUUCCAGGCAAUUGAAGCUAGACCUCGAGAAAAUGUGAAUUCUGUGAAAAUGUUAGCUGGAGUUUUGCCAAUCGUUGCAAAUCACACGAGAAAACGCAGAGACGUAGAAGAAUUGAAACGUAAACCGAUUGAAUUGAUAAUGGAAGGAGGUGUUGUGAAAUUGGAGCCAGGCAAAAAUGAUAUUCAAAAUUUGAAAGAAGAUAUGGUUUCGGCGAUUCCUGCUGGUUUCAGACUUCAACAACCGGAGGAUGAUCGAUUGGAUUCAAAUGUUGGUUUUUUUCAAAAAAGAUUUGUGCUAGAAAAAAAUUCAUCAAAUUUCAGACCCCUCUACCCCUCGACUGGUAUGCCGGUUUCCAACCACUUAUGAUAACUCUCCCCACUUCAAAAUCAUUCAGUGAUCUAAAUUGGAUUGCACUCCGUGAUCAUAAAAGGAAUGAAACUGUUGCCUCAAUUUUACUACCAAAUGGUCCACUUUUCCAAGUUCCAAAGGUUAUUCAACUACGACCACUUUCACCAAAUAACAUGGCUUAUAAUAUUAGCUCUGGAUCUAUACAGGUAAGGGAUUUUGAGGUGGAAAGAAAUGUUGAUGUUUUUUUAGAUUAUUGAUAUCAAGACAAUUCGAAUCAACAAUUUUUCAUUUUUGUCGGAUGAUAAUUCAGUGUGGUUUAUGGUUGGGAAAGAUAUUCUGCCGAAUGUUGAUGGACAUAUUGUUCCACUUUUUGAUCCGUUAGUUUUUUUUUACUUUGCAAUAGAAAUUCAGACUUGUAGAACUUCCGAAUUUUAUUAGCAGGAUUAUUUUUAGAAUUUCAAAAAGUUUCGAUUGCCAAUCAUUGAAAAAAUAUCACAAUGAAACUGUCACUUUGCGACUACCUGGUAGAAUUGAUAUGAAAGAUGUCUUCUGGUUUUCAGGUAAGGAUUUUACGAUUUUUUUUGGAAAUGUUUCUAGAAUUUUCUAUGGGACUUUGUUUCAAAAAAUUUCUAGAAAAAUCUCGAGCAAUUCACAUGUUUCUGUGUCAACAAAAUUACCAGACAUCUUUUUUGUUCUACCCCUCAAGCCAAAUUUCAAGAUAAACUUCUAAAAUUCUUCUCCUAAUCCCUCUCUUCCUCUUCUCUUACCCAAUAAUUUCCAGUAUUCUCAACAAAGCAAUUAAUUUCGUACUCGCAUGUCUAUCUACCUUAUAAUGAUAUGCAACUCGAACCAGAUCUCUCCUCAAUACCGGUAAGAAUAUAUAAUUAUCACAAGCCAAGUGAAUAAUAAAUAAAAAUCGGCUUGUUUAUUGGCAGAAAUGUAAUGUCAUGGUAACAACCAUUGUUGGCAUAGUUACAAGUUUCUUUCAUUUUUCAGACACCAACGUGCAAAUUCAAUAAAGCGACAAUGUUUUAA